CAUCUUUCUUUUUCCCGCUUCCCCUCCAGUUCUCCACCCAUCACAUCUUUGCUUUGGCCACGCUGUGGGUGGAGCCGACUCCAGAGGACGAUUCUGGACUACAUGGCUUGAAGGUGGUGACGCCUGAGGAGACUUUAACGCUUAUGGCCUCAUCUUCUGCUGAGAAGACUAAGUGGCUCCGUGCCAUCAACCAGGCGGUGGAUCAGGCUCUGAACGGAGCGGCACAGGACGCCGGCAGCCCUGGGUCGAAGGCGGAGCCUCCGAUCUCCAGGACGGCUUCCUACACCUUCUAUAAAGACGGGCGGUUGAAGGACGCCACGUACGAGGGCCGUUGGCUGGCUGGGAAGCCUCACGGCAGAGGUAUUUUAAAAUGGCCUGAUGGGAGGAUUUACACGGGAUCUUUUAAGAACGGGCUGGAGGAUGGCUUUGGGGAGUUUAUUUGCCCCAAUAAGGCUCUGAACAAAGAUGAUUUCUAUCAAGGUUAUUGGAAAGAGGGGAAAAUGCAUGGCCUCGGGACAUACCGGUAGGUCGCA